AUGAACGUCAUUCAGUGCUACGCCCCGACAAACGAGAGGGACGAAGAUAGCAAGGACCAGUUUUACAGCAGACUGCAGACCAUCGUAGAGAGCUGUCCAGGUAGAGACUUCACUAUCAUGAUGGGAGAUUUUAACAAGAGGUCAUGGGCCGAGGUCAUGGCAAGAGGUCAUGGGCAGUCACGGACAUUUGGGACAUCAACGACAACGGGGAGAGAUUUGCAGAUCUGUGUGCAUCACACAACUUGGUCAUCUGUGGAAGCAUCUUUCCUCAUAAGCGACUCCAUCAA